AUGGAACCUUGGCAGCUAGUUGAAUGCACAACCUUUCCUCAACCGUCAAAUGUCAGCAACUCUAACACUAACAGGCCAAACACUCCGGAUUCUCGUCAAGAAGUUGAAAACCAACACAUAACAGUUGUGGAUCAGCCAUCUGACAUGAACCACGUGGCUUCUGAAUUUUCCUUUCUUAACUAUGUGCGAACGCAUUUUAGUAGACGCGAGUUUAAGGUCUUUAAAAAGCAGAACAAGAACAUUCCAAUGCAAAAAAGUGGUCCUGAUGUGACAUUUGUACCUGAUGAUAAUCCAACUGCGUUUCCACUUGAAAAGACAAAGAAGGUUUCGGUUUCUGAUAGCAUGAUUCAUUUGCGUGGUCGUGUUCUUGAAGCUUAUCAACGUAUCGUCGAACAAAAUUUUUCUUCCUCUUCUUCCAACAGUAGCACAUGUCUUGAUUCUUCUUCCUCAGAAGACUCGUUUUAUACAACAGCAACGACAAGUCAAGAUAUGUCCUGUUUGUCCUCUGCUUCCUCCACGUCUGAGGAUGAGCUAUCGCCGCCAGAACCUCCGGAUGGUGGUUGGGGCUGGAUAAUUGUGAUUGCUGCAUUUUUCAUCCAAAUGAUAGAUGAUGGUGUUGCCACCUCCUUUGGCAUAUUUUUGGAUGACCUUUCGGAAGAGUUUGGUGCUUCACUCAGUGUAACUUCCUGGAUAGGUGCCUUUGGGUAUGGGAUACCUUGUCUUGCUGCGCCCGUCGCAUCGAUGCUGAUUAACAAGUUUCAGUGUCGUAAAGUUUGUGUAGUUGGGGGACUGGUGAGCUCAAUAGGAUGUGCCCUUGCAUUUUUCGUACAGUCUAUGCUUGGACUAGUUUUAACUUUUGGAGUCCUCGUUGGACUCGGAGCAAGUCUUUCAUCAACCGCCGCAUUGAUUAUCGUCUCCCUCUACUUUGAUGAUCGGCGCGCCACUGCCACCGGUCUUUCUAUUGCUGGAUCUGGAGUAGGGUCUUUUGUUUUUGCCCCACUGGUCAAUUUUUUGAUUAAUACCUAUACUUGGCGUGGGGCUAUGCUGAUUCUUUCGGGAAUUUUUACUAACAUCAUUGUUUGUGGUUGUUUGAUGCGCCCAAUCGAGACAGGAGGACAACGUCGAAAGCGUCAGCUGCUUCUGCGUAUGGAGAAUUUUGCUAAGGAAUCAGGAUUCAAACUACCAAAAGUCUAUCUCCAAAGCAAAGAUGAACAUAUCGAUCGACGUAUACAUCUUCUGCGAAAGCUUUUGACCAGUCCCCAACGCAUUUCUUCAUCUGAUUCGUCGUCGGAAUCGAUAGUGGAUCCCCCAUUUAUUACAUCUGAUGCUCUUAUGGAAGAUGCUGUGAACUCACAAGACGCCCAUUGUUCUAGCCUUACAGAUAAUAAAAAUGAAGACUCAGCUCAUUUAAUGCAUUCUCUGGAGCCUUCAAGUAGCUCUAAGCCUCUGGUAAAUGCCCUUGAGAUUAACCAGAUUCUAUCAGUGAAGCCCACAUCUCCUUGUACUGGUGACUUGAAUGCACAUGAGACAAAUAAAAAUUUUCCACAACAAAGGCUGCAACCAUUGCUGUCUUCAACUGCUACAAGUUUACGGAAUGCAUUAGUUUUACUUCCUCCCGUAUACGGCCGGACAAAACGGUCAAUAUACCAUCGAUCAGCAGCCUUCCAGUCCUCAUCCGAACAUCAAAGUCGCUCAGUUCUUAGUAUGCCCAAUUUGCAGAGUUCAGCCCUCUCCCUUACAUCUUCAUCCACUUCAACAUCUAGCAACUGUCUUUCAGAGCAUGCGCGUCGUUUUUGCAAACAGGUACGUCGACAAUUACGGACCACUGUUGAUCCUUCAAUGUUCUGGAGUCUUUCUUUCAACAUGUUCCUUCUUUCAACGCUUUUUCUCUUCUUUUGGUGCAAUGUGACGUACUUCUUUAUCACAAUUUAUGCAAACACCCAGCUAGGAAUAUCGAACUAUCUUUCUGCGAUGCUCUUGGCAAUUAUGGGUGGAUCUGACAUGGUUGGUGAGGUAGCUUAUGGAUGGGCAGCUGACCAACCCUGGUCGAAUAUUCUCUACCUCUAUACCUCUGGCGUGGUAAUUUGUGGAAUCUCCACAAUGAUGGUGCCAUUGGCAAAUUCUUUUGGGGCUUUGGUGUUCUAUAACUUGAUCUUCGGCUUCACCAUGGCUGCCAACGACUCCCUCUGCACAAUCAUCGUUAUCGAGUUCCUUGGUUUGAGUCGACUGGUCAGUGGACUCGGAUUCUGCCUUUUUUGUCAGGGAGCCUCUUCCAUUUUCGGACCUCCUGUCAUCGGAUUCAUCAUCGACUCAACGCAGUCGUACAUCGUGGCUUUCACGGUUUGUGGAGCUGGAGUGGUUCUCGCUGGUCUUGUCAUGUUCCCUUCGAUAAUCAGACAGUACCGGCGCCGCCUCGCCAGGCAUCGUAGACAAAAGGCCCGCAGACAAAAGGCCGUCGCCACAGCCGACGUCGUAGAGGCUGGUGACGCACAAACCCAUUCAAGUCCUCCCCACUUUCCACCUGUCUGA